AUGGCUGUCCGUCAUUUUCGCCAUCAUCUCAUAGGAACUAAGUUUUAUUUGAGAACCGGUCAUCGUCCAUUACAGUUUUUGGCAAAAACCAAAGACCUCUGGGGCAAACGUGGUAGAUGGAUUAUGGAAUUGGAAGAAUAUUCAUUUACUGUAGAAUAUAUAACUAGUCAAGAAAAUGUUGUGGCUGAUGCUCUAAGUCGAAUAGAACACGAGAAAACUUUGCAAUUAGAAAAAUCCGAGGAAAUCGGUCAGAACAAUAACCGUGCCAACCCGAUCGCCGCGUUUGGACCUCCGAAAGCUACACCGUUAGCAGCCAGUAUAAGAGACGACUGGUCUAUGAAAGAAUUUAUGAAGGCACAACAGAGAGAUCCACUGUUAACGGAAAUCAGCGAUAUUGUUGGUAUGGACCAAGUUGACCCACGUGUUGGUAUGGGAAAUCACAGUGUUCUAGCCAGGUGUUUGGCAGGAGAUAUUCGAGGCUGUGAUCUGUUUUCUACGAUGACAACAAAGUGGAAUUACUUGAUUCCGUUUGCAAUGGCAGUCGCUGUUUCUCAAUAUACAGAAUCUCAUGCGAUUCCGAUUUGUUAUCCAUUCGGAACACUUGACUUUGUUGAGGGACUGGAUCUAACUGGCAUGCUUAGUGGAGUAACUGAAUCACACGAUGACAUCGGUGUUAUUGCUUAUGAAGUGACCAAGUCAGCGGGCAUCAUGAAAAAUUUUCGGGACGUGCUUGAUGGUGGUUAUGUGAAACGAAAUCAACAUGAUGAGUUUGCAAUUGAUACAUGGCCGGGAGAUUUUUCAGUUGCCCUUCGCGUUCGGAUGUGGGAAAAUGCUGAUAUUUUAAAUAUUUAUGACUGGACCAUUGGACAUAGGUUUGGGAUUCGUGCUGGUGGAGAUGGCGUCUUUCUAAAGAUCAAUGGGAUAACAUCAGAAGUCCAAGUGUCAAACGUGAACGUGUCAGAUGGCUUGUUUCAUAGAAUUCAUCUCUCAAUUUCGGGCAACAAUGUCUUAGCGAAAGUGUCAGGUUUUGAGGCUUUGGGUUGUGGUGAUGUGAAGACAACACGACUGACUACUGGAACUAGAGAUAGAACGAUUUUAAUUUCUAGAAGCAUAGUGGUGCUUGGUGGUGAGGGAAUGAGUCUUAUUGAGGCACCUCAAGCAACUAUUCAACAACUAGUGCUUAUGCCUGAUGCUAAGGAAGCAUUUGCCUGCCCAUAUGAUGUUGACUGUCCUACUGAAGAAACAUCAGGAGCACUUAGGGACAGCCUAAAAGGAGAGAAAGGUGAAAAGGGAGACACAGGAACUCAUGUGACUAUCGAACGUCGAGGUUAUCCUGGUCCUUCUGGACCUGCUGGACCUGCUGGACCUCGAGGAAUUGCUGGACCUCGAGGAAUUGCUGGAUAUCCUGGACCAUCUGGACCUCCUGGACAAAUGGGACCUCGUGGGUCACCUGGCUCUCCUGGUGUACAAGGAUCGAGUGGAAGUAAAGGUGAAAUGGGACCACACGGACCCUCAGGGCCAAUAGGAUCGGAUGGAUUGAAGGGAGACAAGGGAACUAAUGGAGAACGAGGACAGAAAGGAGAGCAAGGAAGCAAAGGAGCACCUGGACCAGCAAUGAAUCCAGCAAUUUUUAAAGGCUAUGAACCAUUCAAGAAAAUGAGAGCCGAUAUUGAGGAGUUACAGCAACUUGUCUUGGGAAGGGAUAGACCUGUUGCUGCUCAUUCACAGGAGAGGCCUGUUGCUCACUUGUCCGGUUCAGGAUUAGCUGAUAACGACUACUACGACCCUGGAAUUGUGACAAAAUGGGAUGGCAGAAAUGGUACCUUCUUUUCUCGACUCCAUGGCGGCAUGAACUACAGCAACGGUUCUAUCACUGUACCCACAGAUGGAUUUUACUAUGUCUACGUACAGAUGUAUUACACCAACAACAACGCAGAUUACAAGGCCAAAUACCGUUAUGCUGGUUUUAGCAUCAGCAUAAAUGAUAAACAGUAUGCCUAUGCCACUCGAUACCAUCAGCAGCGAAAUGAUCAGCGCACUCAUUACAUGGGACGUGUCUUUUAUUUGAAGAAGGGAAACAAGCUAUCGAUAAAUAUUGAAAUUCACAACCGCUACUACUUCAAUAAAGAGUACACAUUCUUUGGUGCUUUUCUGAUCAACUGACAGACUAGUAAUGCAGACAGUGUGCACCUGUGGGUAUGCAACUGAAAUGUUGUACGUUUUGGUUGAUUUGUUGUGAUAUGGAAUGUGUCGCACGUGCAUGUGUGUGUGUGUGUGUGUGUGUGUGUGUGUGUGUGUGUGUGUGUGUGUGUGUGUGUGUGUGCUGUCAGAUCUGAAUACAAUCGGCUGAAUCGAUAGCCAGAAAA